AUACGUCAACGUUUGGUGUUACUGGUGGCGUUGGUGGCAGUCACGUUCGUCUCACCGGGUUUUUUUAGCGGCCUACUUUGGGGUCUUUAUCUGUCGUUUUUGGGUUUUUUGUAUUUUUUCGUCUCCGAACCGCAACAACGCCGCGCGAGCGUGACGACGCAUGCGAGCGCGGUGAUGACGUCAAAUGACAUCAUUUUUAGUAUUUCCGAGGAAUUGCAACAACGCAAAACGGCAAAAAAUAUUGUUUAUAAGGGUUGGAUGAAUGAACUAAGAGAACGCUACGACCCGGCUACGUAUCAUGUGAAUCAAUGUCAAACGAUUGGACGGGCAAUUGCUGCGAAUAUCGCGACCCGAGCGGAAUGUACUGAAGCACGCAUUUCAUACGGACAGAACGUUGAGUGA